AUGGGGAACCUGUGCGGGGGCAAAGGGCGCUUUGAUCGUGUGGUGGCAGGUUUGCCGAGCAUGGAGGGCAAGGUCGUAGCAGUGACGGGUUGCACCUCAGGCACAGGCAAGAUCUUUGCACAGGUGUGCGCUAGGAAAGGUGCCAAGGUUGUUCUUCUGAAUCGAGAAUCUGCACGGGCCGCAGAGGCCUUCAAGGACAUCACUGAAGUAGCGAAAGCAGCAGGCGCACCAGUGCCGUUUGACAUCCCGUGUGACCUCGCAAGCUUCAAAAGUGUGCACGCUGCUGGCGAGAAGUUACAGGCAGAGCUUCGGGAAAGCGGCAUUGACGUUUUAUGCAACAACGCAGGCAUCAUGGGUUUCGGAGACAAGGCUACAGAGGAUGGCUGUGAUAUCCAGAUGCAGACAAACCACUUGUCCCACUUCCUCCUGACCUACCUUUGCUUGCCCCUGCUCGACAAGGCGGCGUCUCUGCACGGUGAGGCACGCGUGGUGAAUCACUCGAGCUGUGCCCGGGUUAUGAACGGCCCGGAGUUCACGAACAAGCUAGAGGAGAAGUACCUGCUCAAAAACGGUGGAAACCUGGGUGGAGACAGCAACACAGUCAUGCGGGGUGCGAACUUCGUGCGAUACCAGCAGUCAAAGCUUGCAAACGUGGCCUUCACGUAUGCUCUCCACAAGCGCUUGCAGGAGGCAGGCUCCAAGGUGAAGGCCCUAGUUGCCCAUCCUGGCGUCGCUCCCACCCAGCUGACCCAGAAAAUGGUAGGUGCUGGUGGCGCAAAAGAUCUUGAGCUCUAUCCCAGCUGGUUCACCAACUUUUCCAUCAAGAUGAUGUACCAGUCGGAGGCCGAUGGUACGAUUGGCAUCCUUCGCAACUCCUGUGACCCUGCGGCAAACUCAGGCGAUUUCUUUGGCCCUGUAGGCAAAGGCGGAGGCACCGGAACCUACGACAACGGCGAGCGCAAAGGCCCAGUUGGGCUCCUAAAGCCGGAGCCUUUUGCCGACGAGGAAGCCCAGGAGUUGCUCUGGACUGCCAGCGAGGCCGUGACUGGCAUCCAGUUCGACGUGAAAGCACGCGGACGUGACUGCUUGGCUUAG